UUUUUUUUUGUAUAAAUAUAAAAAAAAAACUAUAAUAUUUUUAUGUUUAUAUUAUACAUGUAUUUUAUGUAAAUUUUAUUUUAUGGAUCGAUUACAAACAUUUUCUAGCCAAUUCAAUCCACAAAUUUAUGAAAGCAGCAAUGUUCCUCCGUCUACAGAUAAACUAUUCUCAUUCAGCGGCUUUCAAGCGGGCUUAAUGACUAACAAUGUCCAGCAAUCUUCCUCUUCGCAGCAAAAUCACUUUCCACCUCAUCAUCCCUUAGUAUCUUCUCAGAUUCAGCAUCCAUUCACAUUACCACAGUCAUCACAGUUUCAAUCGUUAUUUAGUAGCAGUAAUAUAAUGGAUACCAUGUCGAACAAUAUGGAUAAUAAUAAUGGCAGAUAUGCGGGCAUUUAUACAAAUACAGGGUUUGACAUGUUAUCCAUCUUAUCCCGAGUGGUUAAUAGAUCAAAUCCUCAAAUUUAUUUAGGGCCUAUUGACCUAUCAUGUUCCUUUGUAGUAGUUGAUGCAAAACAGUAUGAUUUUCCCCUAGUUUACUCUUCUCCAAUGUUUGAACGAUUGACAGGGUAUGCAAGUCAUGAAGUAAUUGGUCAAAACUGUCGAUUUCUUCAGGCACCAGAUGGACAAGUAGCUAUUGGAUCAAGAAGGAAAUAUACAGAUAAUACCACAAUUUAUCAUAUCAAAACACAUAUGAUACAGGGAAAAGAGUCACAAUGUAGUAUUAUUAAUUAUAGAAAGACAGGACAGCCAUUUGUCAACUUACUAACAGUAAUACCAAUCACUGCUUUUGAUUCUUCGGAUGAGAUUGAUUAUUUUGUGGGACUACAAGUUGAUUUAGUAGAACAACCAAAUGCUAUAUUUCAAAGCAUGAAAGACGGCACAUACAUCGUCAAUUACAGAAAUUCAACUAUUCCACCAAGUAUUUUUAACUAUUGUCCUGAUAAAAAUAAUACUGAUAAUAUUGAAAUUGAAGAAUGGUAUCGGCCAAACACCGAUCAAAAUCGUUUAACACCCCAACUUCUUUGCAAUACCACUCAGCAAAAUACAAUAUCAAGCAAUAUGGUAAACAGUGAUAUACCAUCUUUCAAUACUCAAAAUAAUCAAUCACAUGUUAUAACCCCUAGUAAAGAUUUAAUAGAGUCUCCUAUAAUAGAUAUUGAGACACUUAUCAAAGAAGCAAGUACAGGUGAGGGCAAAUAUCGAAAAUAUUGGCAUGAAUUACUCUUAGAAGAAGCCCCUGACUUUGUACAUGUCUUAACUAUAAAGGGUGUCUUUUUAUUUUGUUCUGAAUCCACAAAGGCUCUUCUUGAAUAUGACCCUUCAGAACUUGUUGGGAAAUCCCUUAAAUCUGUCUGUCAUCCAUCCGAUAUCACAACUGUCAUGCGAGAACUUAAACAAGCCUCAACAUCACAGCCGUCUACUCCCAUUGUUAAUCUUAUUUAUCGUAUCCGACGCAAACAUUCAGGUUAUAUUUGGUUCGAAUGCUAUGGAAAGCUGUGUAAUGAAGACGGUAAAGGACGUAAAUAUGUUGUGAUUUCAGGUCGUGAAAGACCUGUUUAUCGAUUAUCACGUGCUGCUCUAGCAUUAGGUAAUAAAACACACAAUCAGCAGCAAGGUGCGCAUGAUGGCACUGAAGAUCAUGAGUUUUGGGGUAAAUUAAGUUUAGAUGGCCUAUUAUUGUAUAUUAGUUGGACAAAUUUAACAAGAGCCUUGGCAGAGGUGAAGGAGGGUAAGAUUGUCUAUUUGAAACACGCGCUGUUGAAUAAUGAAGGCAUGGAAGUUAUGGUAGCUACCACAUUUUAUCCAGAUGGGUUUACUAGUAUAAAUUCUGCUGCACAACCCACUUUUGUUUUAAUGCAGACCAAAGCUAUAGAUUAUGAAACAGCUUUGAUGGAUGAUAAACCUGUCUUUAUAUCUUUGGAUCCUGAUAUAAAAAAGAAAGGGAAAGCGGAUGACAGAGAAGAUCAACGCUCAAGUAGAGAGAUCGAAGAGUUAGAGGUUUAUAGAGAUGCAAGCUGGCAAUAUGAACUGCAUCAAUUAAGGAUUAGCAAUAAUAAGCUACGAGAGGAAUUAAGCAGCUUGCUUCAAAAAAAUGAGAAGGAAGGAAAUGAAGAAAUAGCUACAUGUCAUACAUGUUUCCGUAGAUUACCUGGCUUAUCUGAUGUAGCAGAAUGUUCGCCAGAUAAAAUUUUAUUAUGUAAUAUUUGCUCACUCCGUGAGGCUUCUACAGCCUAAAUUUAUGUACAGAAUUGCUUAUUUUUAACAAUUGCACAAUAACCAUUAAACUAAAGAAUUUUAUAAUUUUA